AUGGUGGUUGCCUCUAUCGCUCGCUUGUUAUUGAGGGUAUUGAAGGUUGCAAUCAGGCUUCUGCUUUUGCCGCUGACAUUAGCGCUUUUACUCCUCUCCCCUUUUAUAAACGGAUUCAUCGACAAACUAGAUAAAAGGUACAGGGUAAAGGAUGACUGGUAUAUCGCAAGCUACUUUUUAGUGGCAGUUCCUAAAUACAUAUGGAGCGUGUAUCAAAGCAGGUUUCAGUUUUGGUACCUCUUUGAAAAGCAGGUUGCUAAGAAUGGGGACCAUCUUGCGUUGUCGUACCCACGUCCUCUUCUUGAAAAGGGAGAAUACGAAGUUGAAAAUUAUACCUACCAAGAGCUUUACGAUAUUGUGUUAAGGUUAUCUUAUGUUCUGUAUUAUGAUUAUGGCGUGAAAGAAGGCGAAUGCGUCGCAAUGGAUUAUACGAAUAAGCCCUUGUUCAUCUUCCUAUGGUUUGCGUUGUGGAAUAUCGGCGCAGUGCCUUCGUUCCUAAACUAUAAUACAAUCGGAGCACCAUUAGUCCAUUCUAUUAAGAUUGCGAAUGUCAAGAGCGUUUUCAUUGACCCUUUGGCAGCAGGGCCAAUAAGACAUACUGAGCCUGAAAUUUUGAAAGAGCUGCCAGACGUCAAACUGAAUUACAUAAAGGAAGAAGACCUCAAUGAGAUCAUCAUGAACCCUGCAUCCCCGCAAUUUCUUCAAGAAACAAGCAAAAGGUCUCCUGAGACCCUGACUGACUUCACUCCGGCUUGUUUAAUCUAUACUUCGGGCACAACUGGUCUACCAAAGUCUGCUAUUAUGUCAUGGAGAAAAGCUGUAAUUGGCUGCUCCCUAUUUGGAUACAUCUUAAGAAUUACAAAUAGAUCCGUUGUAUUCACUGCUAUGCCUUUAUAUCACUCAACCGCAGCACUAUUAGGUGUUUGUGCCGUUUUCUCGCAAGGUGGAUGUGUUGCCAUGUCAAACAGAUUUUCUGCCAGUGCCUUUUGGAAGCAGGUAUACCUAACAAAAUCCACACAUAUUCAAUAUGUUGGUGAAAUUUGUCGCUAUCUGCUUCAUUCUAAAGAAUCGGAAUAUGAAAAGAAACAUAAUGUUCAAAUAGCAUACGGAAAUGGUCUUAGAGCCGACAUAUGGCAAGAGUUCAAACAGAGAUUUGGGAUCGACGUCAUUGGAGAGUUUUAUGCCUCCACCGAGGCUCCAUUUGCCACCACCACUUUCCAAAGAGGAAACUUCGGCAUAGGUGCAUGUAGAAGUUAUGGUACUGUCGUCAACUUUAUUCUUUCUUAUCAACAGACAAUAGUUAGAAUGGAUCCUGAUGAUGACAGCACAGUCUACAGAAAUGAAAAGGGAUUGUGUGAAGUGGCGCCUGUGGGCGAACCCGGUGAAAUGCUUAUGAGAAUAUUCAUGCCUCGUAAACCAGAGAGUAGUUUCCAAGGCUAUCUGGGUAACAAGAAGGCAACAGAAUCAAAAGUUUUAAGAGAUGUUUUCAGAAAAGGUGACGCUUGGUACAGAUCGGGAGACUUGAUAAAAUCAGAUAAAUAUGGUUUAUGGUACUUCGUUGACAGGAUGGGCGAUACUUUUAGAUGGAAAUCUGAAAAUGUGUCUGCUACCGAAGUUGAAGACCAAAUUAUGUCUUUUGCAAAUUACAUUCUCAGUGCAGUGGUCGUAGUUGGUCUCAAAGUGCCUAAUCAUGAGGGAAGAGCAGGUUUUGCAGUAUUGCAAUUGUCACCUGAGUACCUGGAUCUCAAAGAGGACGUCAAGUUUCUCAACGAAAUGCUGAACUACUUGAAAAACAGUCUACCAAAAUAUGCUAUUCCUAUUUUUGUUGGUUUUGUCGACGAAAUUGAACACACGGACAACCAUAAAAUUAGGAAGAAGAGCUACAGAAACCAGGUUUUGCCCCGUGGAGAAAAUGGCGAUCAGAGGUUCUUCUGGUUGAAAGAUAAUAAGGAGUACACACUCUUGACCGAUAGUGACUGGGACGCAAUUAUUUCUGGUAAAGCGAAAUUGUAA